AUGUACGACUCAAUGGACGUACAAGAGAUACUUCGUGGCGUAGAGCCACUUUCUGGACAGGUUAUCCCUGUUAGAACUGUUCAAGAGGCGCGGCCACGUGAAGAAUUCGGUGGGUCAACCCCAUUGCCAGGGUGGAAAUUGGUUGUGCAAUUAACAAUUCCCAGCGGAUGCCUAUGUAGCAGAAAUCAGCGUGAAAGGUGCUUCGAAAGUGAUAAAGGAGAACCAUCGAUGCAGACAAUUUUCACUCUGAUUACACCUCCUUUACCCGAAGUGGAAACACUUCAGAAAUUAUUGGCUCCGUUUGCGCCACCAUCAGAAAUCCCGUCUGAGUCGACUCAGGGUGCAGGGAAUAUUGAACUCCAGUCUAUUCGCGUCCCACUGGAGCCACCCUUGACGGUUGGGCAAGCCGAGAAAUGGUCCAAAACCAUGUGGCCCGUCGUCUUCAAUCCUGCGACCCCUAGAGCGACCCUGGCACCACCUCCUCAAACCUUAACCCGUGUUCUCGACUCUAUCAAGCCGAAGGCAGGACGCUAUCUAGCCCUGGCGCGCAAGGUUGCCUAUGAAGCAGAGAAUUCUGGACUAGGACGCGGGGUUGGCGCAGUGGUUGUCGACCCAGAGCUCGAGGCUCACAUUGGUGCGACCGACGAGGAUGUAGGAAUCCAUUGGGCCGAUGCUGUUGUGGCUGUUGCAGGUGAUGUACGAUACGCACGCCGAGAGGCCGGAGCAAUGUCAGAGUCAGAACGACAGCUAGGUGCAGGGCCCAAUCCCAAUGUGGAGACGUAUAAUUCAGACGUAGAAGGCGGACCGGAGCUACACGCGCUAAUGCGCGCAGCGGACUUGGUUGCUAAUGCAAGACGUAAACAAGAUGGAAACGAGUCCAACGAACAGAUACCUUUAAAUCGAUUAGAGAAGUUUUUUCUUUCUCAAUCGGACGUCUCCGGUUCCGAGCCAUUGGCGGAUUCCGAUGAUUCGUCGCCCGUGCCGGGAAAGUAUCAGAAAACAGAUACCGGGGCCAUCCCCAAAUCUACCGACAGUUCUCAAGAGCCUCGACUUCGCUCGCGUGCUCAAGGCGGCUAUCUCUGCACAGACCUUGACGUGUACUUGACGCAUGAGCCUUGCCUUUGUUGCUCGAUGGGCCUUCUUCUUUCGCGCUUUCGGGCGAUUAUAUUUCCCCGACAAGGACGGAUGGUAACGGGAGGUCUGGCAUCGGAACCUGUAAUUGCACCAGCCGCAGUGUCGGACCCUGCCGACGAGGCGGACGAGACCUCUGAAACAACGCAGGAUCAGGAUCAGGACCAGCAGCAGUUAGGAGAUAGAAAAUCCAUUGAGCACGCCGACCCCCAGGAAGGCCGGUUGUACUAUGGAUUGCACUGGCGGAAAGAGUUGAACUGGCGGGCCCUGGGGUUCGAGUUCGUCGAGGAUGGAGUCACAGAGAAGAGUGCUGAGGAAGGCCUGGCCUUUCACGCAUAA